GUUGCAUUUUGACAAGUCGUUUCAGAAGAUGUGAUGAGUGUUUAGGGCUGUUUUUUAAGUGAACCUGUGAUAAUAAUAUGUACUAAAAGUAACAAAUUUCUCAAAGAAAUAGGAUAGUGAUAGUUAUAUUCAUCAUGAAUCUUUUAUUCCUCCAGACUUUCCUGCUGUUAAGUGUAGUUUCCAUCGCCGUUGUCUCGGCUGGAAGGGACUUCUAUCAAAUCUUAGGUGUAUCCAAGUCAGCUAGUUUACAUGACAUUAAAAAAGCUUAUAGAAAAUUAGCCAAAGAAUUACAUCCCGAUAAAAACCAAGACGAUCCCAAUGCUUCGCAAAAAUUCCAAGAUUUAGGGGCAGCUUAUGAAGUCCUAUCUGAUGAGGACAAAAGAAAGAAGUAUGAUAGAUGUGGUGAAGACUGCUUGCAGAAGGAUGGAAUGAUGGAUGGAGGUAUGGAUCCUUUUGCAAGCUUCUUUGGAGACUUUGGCUUCCAUUUUGGAGGCGGCGAACAAAAACAUGAAACUCCUAGAGGAGCAGACUUAGUUAUGGAUGUAUAUGUAACUCUAGAAGAUCUUUACAGUGGUACUUUCAUUGAAAUCACCAGGAACAAACCUGUUUUAAAACCCUCAAGAGGUACACGCAAGUGUAAUUGCAGACAAGAAAUGAUCACCAAAAGUUUGGGUCCUGGAAGAUUCCAAAUGAUGCAGCAAACUGUAUGUGAUGAGUGUCCUAAUGUUAAGUUAGUCAAUGAGGAGAGAUUAUUAGAGAUGGAAGUUGAGCAAGGUAUGAUAGAUGGACAGGAAACUAAGUUUAUAGCGGAAGGAGAGCCCCAUUUGGAUGGGGAACCUGGGGAUUUAAUUUUGAAGAUUAAAACACAGCCUCACAAAGUAUUUGAAAGGAGGGGAGAUGACUUGUAUACCAAUAUUACCAUUAGUUUACAGGAUGCGCUCACUGGUUUCACAAUGGAAAUACCUCACCUGGAUGGACACAAAGUCAGUAUUGUUAGAGAUAAAAUCACAUGGCCAGGAGCUCGCAUUCGCAAGAAAGGUGAAGGUAUGCCCAAUUACGAAAACAAUAAUCUACAUGGUAUACUUUUUAUCACCUUUGAUGUUGAAUUUCCCAAACAAGAACUGACUGAAGAGGAUAAAGAAGCCCUCAAGAAGAUCCUCAACCAAAGCUCAAACAACAAAGUCUACAAUGGUCUUCGUGGCUAUUAGGAUACAUAUCCCUCUACAUUUUUGGGACCUCUGUAUAAAGUAUUUAAAUUUGGUUUCCAUUUUACUUAAUUUAUUUUUGAUUCCUAUUUAUUUAAGUGAAGAGAAUUGUAUAUAUACAAAAGGAACUUUUUGCAAUAUACCAGUGGUGGUGAUAU